AUGUCACUUGCUACGCACGGCUCUGAUAGCAGCCUGAGGCUUAGCGAGAAGAACCUGGACGGCAGCGUCGGGGGUCCGCCGCCGAAGCCCAUGCUGUGGGUGUUCGUCACCGCCGUCCUGCUGCUCGUCGGAAUCAUCGCCGUCUCGCUGGUCAACGGCGAGGGCGCGUACGGACACGAGUCCGACAUGACGGUGCUGCCGCGACAGCCGGAACUGAUGCUGGACAACGCGGCCGGGUCCACGAAGCCGACGACGAUGUCGCCUCGACUCGCGUACGCCGACGAAGACACCAACUACGCCUCAUGGCUGCUGACGCGCACAGUCAACCCCGCGGUGAACGCCUGCCUCGACUUGCACGCGUACGUGUGCGGCGGCUACGACGGAGCCGUCGGCCGCCCCCUCGAGGAGUACGUCGCCGCCAACACCACGGCGGCCAUCAAGACGCACUUCCUGAGCAUCGCCGGCCGUUCCUCGACGCGUCGCCAGGCUAAGACUAGCCACGACUCCGAGGCCAGGGCGGUGGCCUUUUACCGCAGCUGUCUGAAGACGGGCCGCGCGCACGAAGACCCAACGGUCACCGCCAACGCCAGGGCGCUGGUCAAGUUCCUGGAACAGAACCACCUCAACUUCCGGCACGUCGACGGCGUCGACCUCGUGGGAAAGGCGCUGGAACUGCUGACGCGCUACGACCUGCAGGUCUUUUUCGCCCUCGAAGUCCAGUUAUUCCCGUGGCUGAGCCGGAGCAGGAGGUUCGUGCGUGUGGUGGCCAGCCCCGCCUUCGAAGAGUGGAAGGCGCGGAAGGUCUCCUUGCACCGCGCGGAUUUCGGGAGGUUCGUCGAGGAAGUUCUCUCCCUGAGUGGCGUGGGUCGGCGCCGGAUAGCCGACCUAACGGACGCGGUGCGAACCAUCGAAGGCCGCGUUCAGGAAACGAGUCGCGCGGACGAAAAACCCGACGAGGCGACGGAGGCCACCUGGAGGCGUUACCUGGACGACCACUCGCGGCACGUCUUCAUGGCGGAUUCCUACGACUUGGACAUCAAUAGCUCGAGCGCGGCCCGCUUCUUCCUGGCCGUGACUCGCGUCUUGGACGGCGGUCAGCGAUCGGUCUACCUCAGCUGGCAUGUCGCCCGACACGUCGCCGAGGUCGCCCGUCUGGUGCCGCGGCACUCGAGCAAAGACGAGGUCGACGACGCCAAGACGUACUGCUACGACCACGCCUACGGCGAAUACAAGCACGCCAUCAUGGCCGCGCACCUCUUCAAGUUCGUCAAUGAGAGUAGGCUGCAAGAGGUGAGGAAGAUGGUUCAUUCCCUCACGAUCGAAGUUCAAAACAGCAUCAGUCGUUCCUCCUGGCUGCCGGCGAAGACUAGGGACAAGCUCGAAAGGAAGGUCGGGAGUAUCAGGUGGAGGAUCGGCUACCCGGCCGGUCUCAGCGAGUGGAAAGGUGUCGACGAGUUCUACAGCCGCCACCCCCGUUCCACGGGCGUGUUUGUCCGGGACUACCUGGAAGCGCGCGAGGCGCGAAUGCGCGCCUUCUUCGCCACGUUGCGCAGCCGCGUCGCUAAACCCGAGGAGUUCGACUUCGCCAACGACGCGCCGGGGGUCACGUACGGCACGCCGAACGAGGUCAGCGUGCCGGCCGUCGCCCUGGUGUGGCCUCUGUUCAACUACCGCGGGGCGCCCGAACUAAACUACGGCCUCCUGGGCUCGCUGCUGGUCGAGGCCAUCAUGCGGGCCUUUGGCGGUGCCAACAUGAUGCACGACGGCGGCGGUUCGCCGAUUCCGUGGUCCACCAAUCACCGGCGGCUGUUCAAGAAGAAGUACCACCGCUGCGACAAUCUGAGGGAAGGCCCGCUUCUAUUGAGCCAGGCCUCCCGGCGCAGCAAGGCCCGCGUGCCGACGUCGUCCCGGGGUCGGGACCUCGGCUCUCGGCCCGGAGUGUCCGUCGGGGCGCACGCCCUGUACAGGGCGUACAAGAGUGCGGCGGCGUCUUUCGGCAGCCGAAGCGUCCGGGGCUUCGAGGCCCUCCGCGGAGACCAGCUCUUCCACGUGGGGCGCUGCUUUCUGUCUUGCGGCGACGCCCACGACGGUGUAGCGGACCCCCUGUUCGCCGGACACCGCUGCAACAGGAUGGCCCGUCAGUCGUCCGAAUUCGCCGCCGCGUUCCGCUGCGACGAGGCGUCGUGGGCGCCCGCGGCCAGUCGCUGCGAUUUUUGGUGAAAGUAAAACGGAGACGAAAAACCUGUAUAUGUAGCGAGUGCUCGGAUUAAGUUGCGCAGUUUUAAAGCAACCCCCUUGCCACACCAUCUCAUUCGUCCUCCUUACCAUCAGGUCCCGCUGUAAAUUUUGGCUAUAGACUUGGAGCUGUAAAGACCGUCUUAGGAGCGUCCUAAUAAUUCAAUAACCGUAUGCAUGGGCGGUUGUGUAAUCCAUAUACUUGAAACUUCGGCGCGAGAACUACACCGGAAGCAAAUGAGACACGAGGGACGAGGCGCAAGAUCAACGGAGAACUGAACUGAAAGCGUCACAUGAAUAAAUACCCGUUCUGAUACACAUUCCGAAUGGUGCAUUCAGAAGGCAAGUGAAAGAUGUGUCGCGAAGCCAGCUGUCGUAUACUGCACAGGAUAAUAGAUUGGCUUGGUGCAAAUCUUUAGAAAGUGCGGUGAUAUUCCGGUCCCUGUCACGUGUGUAUAGCUUUAAGGGUAUUUAUACUAUAAUGAGCGUUCAGUAAAUUUCUCUCUUGAUACUUGGGCACCUCGUCCGUGUCUUCUUUUUCGUCCGGUGUAUAGCUUUCGCGCUGAAGUUUCAACUAUCAUUAAGGAAUUUUGUAAAAGGGUCUCCGUAGUAGUAGCCUAGGUAAUGAGCAGUAUCGUAAAGUUCUCCGGCUGGGAGGAGAGCUGCCCUCGCCGCAUGUGGCCUAGACAAGCACCUCGCGAACGACAUUCCUUCGCUACGUUCUCCCGUAUCGGAGCUCAGGGUCCGGUUGCUCUCUUUUCAGCGCCAACGCACUCGCGACCCCCACCUUCCAUGUAUGACAAUAUGAAAGAUUACUCAGCUUUGUUAGCCGGAAAACAAAGGAACUUGAGAAGAAGCAUAGGGUCAGCGCAACGAAAGAUGCACGGAACGAACAAAAAAAGAAGUCUCUGUUCCACACGAAAGAUGAAGCAUCGAUUGCGAUAGAAAUUAUGAGACAGCCAUACGAAGUAAGGAUGGUAUAGCUUUAUUGGCCGUAUAUACACUUGUAAAAAGUCGCAUACCAACUAAAUUAACAAGCAUGGUGCUACGGCGCGCAAGCAAAAGAAAAUUUACACAUUUCACUCUAUAUUAGAGUGUUUCCAGAACUAUGGCGUGAGAAAGAGCGGCAGCAGCAGCGAGCGAAUUGCCCUUCAUGCUGCCAUUGCACAAAGCGCACACGGCUUCUUGCGUGGGCCGCGAUGCGAUAGUGUUCCUGUAUAUGCUCCCGCAGGGAGCAGAGUUGCGCAUAGCUUUUUCGGCGCCGCUCGCACCACUAUUUGCCGAGCGCCAUCACGUGGUGCAAAAUGACGUCAAAUGUUCAAGUGCGCCGCUGCGAAGCCAACUUUACCGGCGCGGCGCCGACUCAUUUUCGUCAGUGCCAUCGAAAUUGCAAUCGGCAGACCGUCGAGCGUGCGUUGCACCAGUCGGCUCCGUGUUGCAGGUACGGUAUUCGACGAUAUUAAGUUAACGACUUUGGGGAAGUGGUACUAAACACAUCAUUCUGAGACUUGUAUUCCAGUACGACGGGGUGCAGCGCACCUUACUGCACAAACCGCGCGGAAGGUGGCAAAGUUUUUUACGCGGUACCGCGCGGACGGACGAGACCGGCCGGCUCCGAAAGGGACCAGGAUAUGCGAAGUGCGUUCGCCUUGUUUACAGAGGUGCGUUCGGCUUGAUUACAGAGGUGAGUUCGGCUUGUUUACAGUAAAGCAGCAUUUAUCUCGAGCAACACUCCUGCUGUACAUGCUGAAUUGCAUACGCCUGGCAUGAGAGGUCGUUCGCAUGAGCAAUUUUUGGCGUAUAUGUGCAGCGCGACACAGACGCGGGACAAAGAAUGAACGACACGUCUGUGUCGCGCUGCACAUAUACACCAAGAAUGUUAACUUACCGACUUGCCCGAUUCGCCGUGUUGCUUGUGCGAUUGUUCUGACUAUGCGGGUCUAGAACGGUGUGUUCAAAACGGUAAAUACUAGCAGAUACAAUUUGCCCCCUGCACCCUUGUUUUUCUCUACACUGUCGUUUUUUCCUUUUUUCAAUUUUUUUUGUUGGCGUUCUGAUGUUUCGUGUAAGGUCGAUGGAUGUGCUAGUGUUCAUCAUUUUGUAGUAAGCGAAAACACCGUGCGCUCCCACUUAUGAGACAGCUGUGAUAGCUUCAGUAUUUGCCGCCCGCAAUAUAUGUUGCUUGUUCGAUGAGUCUUAGUCGACGUGAGGAAUGUAAAAUUAUCUUUGUACGUUUAAUAAGCGCUGUGUUAUAGUAAACUAACCUGAGUAGUAUCAAGAGAUAAAGAAAAAUGUGCUGUCGUAUUACAGUCUGCAAUGUGUGAAUAAUUACAUUGAAAGCUUGCCAUCUUAUGUGAUCAAUGCAAUAAAUAUAACCUAUUGUUACUCAUAACAACUUGUUGCCUUUCCAGUGGCUUCGAAUUCUGACUCCCAAGGCUCCAAGAACCAGCACCGGUCCCCUGCUGCCACCAGCCAUUGCUCGUCCAUUCCCUUGUACGAA